CAAACCCGCAGGGGCAGACAGGGUGGGGGUGUUGGCGGUGUGGGAUCUCCGGUGGUACCUCGCCAUGAGCGCCCCGCGCCCCAUCCACCUGCUGCUGCUGCUCUGUGCGGUGCUCGGCGCCCAGACUGCUCAUGGCUUUGGUGAGCAGGAGUCCCCGAGCCGCAGUGACAGCGAGGCCAGGGACAGGCGCGCCCGCUCCGCGAGUGUCCCGCCACAGCCCCGCGACUGCGUCCUCUCCUCCUGGUCCUCCUGGAGCAAGUGUGACCCCUGCCAGAAGAAAAGGUACAGAUUUGCCCGCCUGGAGCAGCCCUCGCAGUUCAGUGGAGAUGCCUGUGAGUACUCGGACAGAGAAGCUGAGGAGUGCGUCACGAGCAGCCCUUGCAGGAGCAGAGCUCGCUGUGAUGGGUUUGUGUGUGCAGUUACAGGGAGAUGCAUUGCACGGAGGCUGCUCUGCAAUGGGGAUGACGACUGUGGGGACCAGUCAGACGAGAAAAACUGCAAAAAAGUGUUCAGGAAAUGUGACCAGAAGAUGGAAGAGUACUGGGGAAUAGAGAAUCUGGCAAAAGGGUUGAAUAUCUUCACAAACAGCUUGGAAGGGUUGGUCCUGGAUCACAGGUACUACGCUGGGGGAUGUUCUCCCCAUUACAUCAGGGACACGAGGUUCAGGAAGCCGUACAACAUAGAAAGCUACACACCAGAGACCAAAGGCAAAUAUGAAUUUACAAUGACUGAAUAUGACUCCUACUCAAAUUAUGAAAGCAGUGUCCUGAAGGCAAAAGCUUCGCAGUCAAGCUUCAGCAUCGGUAUAAAAAUACCAAAAGUGUUUGAACUUGGUUACAAUUCAAAUGACAUGAGGUUCAAGAAGUUCAUGCAGAGGAUGAAAAGAUUUUCUUCAAGUUCCAGCAAGUUCAUCCACGCCCGUUCUGAGCUGGCUGUUGGUGUUUACAAGCUGAAGCCCCGAGCCCUGAUGCUGCAUCACGAGUUCCUGCAGCGGCUCCGGCAGCUCCCCGCGGAAUACAGCUACGGGGAAUUCCGGGAGCUCUACAGGGAUUUUGGGACACACUUCAUCAAGGAGGCCACUGUUGGAGGCAUCUAUGAAUACACUUUGGUCAUGAACAGCGACGAGCUCCGCAGGGCGGGUUAUUCUCUGAGUGAUGUCCAGAAAUGUGCACAGAAGGGCUUUAACAUUGCUGUGGAUCUUCGUAAAAUCUCUGUGGGACUUGGAGUAGAUUCAGCUGGCUGUAAAGCCCUUUUGAAAGAGAUUGGAGACAGCACUGCCAGGAAACAGUUUGUGGAGGAUUUCGUGGCGCUGGUCCGCGGCGGAGCGAGUGAAGACAUCACCACGCUGGCCCACAGGGACCUGCCCACGGCCCAGCUCAUGCAGCAGUGGGGAGAUGCUGUGCAGUACAACCCUGAGAUCAUAAAGCUGAAGGCAGAGCCACUGUAUGAGCUGGUGGCUCCCUCUGACUUGGCUGAUUCCAGCAGAAUAAAGGAGAAUCUGCGCCGGGCUCUGGAGGAGUUCCAGCUGGAGAGCAGUUCCUGUCGCUGUGCUCCGUGCCACGGGAAUGGCAUCCCCUUCCUGACAGGAGCAGAGUGUGAGUGCCUGUGUCCCCUCGGCUACAGCGGCACCGCCUGCGAGAUCAGCAGGAGGAAAGAUGCUGCUGUUAAUGGAAGCUGGGGGUGCUGGGCCAGCUGGUCCCCGUGUUCAGGAGGUCAGAGAACAAGAAGGCGACAGUGCAACAACCCUGCCCCACAGAACGGCGGCUCCUCGUGCUCAGGGCCAGACUCUGAGGCAGUUCCUUGCUAGAAGGAACCAGCAGGAGCUCACACAGAACUGGAGGGCACUUGGCAGACUGCUUGGGAGGACAUCACCUCACUGCUUUCUGAGCUGGCCUCGCUCUGCCCAUGGGUCUCCUCCAAAUCAGGAACAUUUCAGAAGACACUGGGAGCUGGGGGGUGUUGGGAACCACACCCUUGGAUGUUCAGUUGUCCAGUGGGAUUGAAUGUGCUUACCAACCUCAGUAUUUUGCCUUUUCCCUGUCUUCAUUGCAAUGGGCUAAAUGAGACAAGCUUUAUCUCUGUCUGUA